AUGUUAGAGGAAGAAGAAGAACGAGAAGAAGGAGAAGAGGUGAAGAAGUUACCUGAGAUGGGUUUUUCGAAAGGGGUCACAACAAGCUGGAUUCUCGCUUCUCUCCUCGCUGCUCUCCUCUAUCUGUCGCCGACUGUCGGGAACGAAGAGAAGCCUCUGCAGAAAGUUACAGUAAUUCAGAUGAAUAGAAUCAUUAAUACGUUGAAACACAUCUCAUCUUCCAUCUCUGCUAAUCUAAUGGCGGCUUCUACCCCACUCUGGGCCUGUUGCGAGCAUUCCAUUACCAUGGCCGCUCUCCGAUCGUAUCUUGCAGAGUUCAUAUCUUCUUUCCUCUUCGUCUUCGCUUCUGUCGGAUCUACCAUGUCUGCCCUUAGGCUAACGCCGGAUGCUACAUCAAAUCCGUCCAGUCUGGUGGCCAUUGCCUUAGCAAAUGCUUUUGCCUUAUUAUCGGCAGUCUACAUCUCCGUUAACAUUUCAGGCGGCCACGUAAACCCCGCCGUCACCUUUGGAAUGGCUGUCGGUGGCCACAUCAGCAUUCCGACGGCCAUGUUCUACUGGGUGGCACAGAUUUUGGGCUCUGUUAUGGCUUGCCUUCUCUUGAGAGUAGUUACUGUCACACAAGGGGUUCAUGCCCAUGAAAUUGCAGUGGAAAUGACGGGUUUCGGGGCGGCAGUGUUGGAAUGCGUUAUGACAUUCACGUUGGUCUAUACGGUUUAUGCAGCGGGAGACCAGAGAAGAGGGUCAUUUGCGGUCAUUGGCCCUGUCAUGAUCGGGCUUAUAGUCGGAGCCAACAUCCUUGCGGCGGGUCCAUUUACGGGUGGGUCGAUGAACCCGGCAUUGUCAUUAGGAACGGCUCUUAUUAGUGGGAAUUUUAAGAACCAAGCGGUUUAUUGGGUCGGACCCCUGAUUGGGGCUGCAGCUGCGGCUCUUCUUUAUGAGAAUGUGAUAUUUCCUCCUCAACCAACUGAUUCAUCACGAGGUUUGGGGUUGGAGGGAGUAGGAGUCUAA